UUGCCCAUGGCCAUAAAUACCUGGAACUUUCCGGAUUCCAAUGCAAUGGCAUGGCACAUACUCAAUCAAUCCCGGGGUGGAGUGCGUCAGACUCGCAACGCUGUUGUCGAAGGCAUCACGAAGUGUGAGCAGCUGCAGUGCGACCUCGCCGUGGGCUAUGGUGGCACACCUGAUGAGCAGGGUGAAACGACAUUGGAUUCUAUGGUAAUGGAUGGUGCAGCAAUGGAUGUGGGCGCGGUAGCAGGCCUGCGUCGCAUCAAGGAUGCAAUACGAGUGGCCAGACAUGUACUGGAACGCACAGAGCACACGCUGCUAGUGGGCGAUUCGGCAACAGAGUUUGCUAUAUCAAUGGGUUUCCGCUCCGAGUCGCUGGUGACGCCCAAAACAAAGAUCAUUUAUAAGCAUUGGAAGGCCAAGAACUGUCAGCCAAACUUCUGGCGUAAUGUGCAUCCAGAUCCCAAGACAUCCUGUGGUCCCUACGAGCCCACGGCUACACCGCUGACACACAGGAAGGAGGAUCGUGCACGCACGGAACAUCAAAUUGGUGCACAGCAUCAUGAUACCAUUGGCAUGAUAGCCAUUGAUGUGGAUCAUCAAAUACAUGCAGGCACCUCUACCAAUGGGUUAAAUCACAAAAUUCAUGGACGUGUUGGUGACUCGCCCAUUGCCGGUGCCGGCGGUUAUGCUGACAAUGAAGUGGGCGCCGCUGUUGCUACAGGAGAUGGCGAUAUAAUGAUGCGUUUCCUGCCCACACUACUAGCCGUAGAGGCUAUGAGAAAUGGUAAGUCGCCAGCUGAAGCUGCUGAGGUGGGAAUUCGACGUAUUCGCAAGCAUUACAAGACAUUUUCUGGCGCCGUCAUUGCGGUAAAUCGCCUGGGACAGUAUGCAGCAGCAUGCCAUGGCAUGCGAGAGUUUCCCUUUGUUGUCAGCAAUCCAACUCAAGCGAUUCAUGUGGAAACAGUCAAGUGCUUGCCUCCAGAGCCAAGUGUGGAGGUGGUACCGCUGACAAAGCAAACAUAAA